AAAGGAAUCUAAUAUUGUAAAAUCAUGAAAUAGGUACAUGCAACAUAAUGCAUCAAGGGACAUGCAUACGUGUAUGGGGGAUUCACCUCCCACCACUUCUACUUUUAUUCAAGUAUAAGAAGGGACUACUCUUCAUUUUGCUACUCAUCAACAUCCCCCUUAACUUCAUGUUUUCACUUCUUUUACUACUACUAAUAGUCUAACUACUAGCUAGUUUAAGAGAAAAUCAUGUUUUGAAUUAUUAGAUAUUAAUUAGAUAUAAUUUAUUCAUCAAAUUAUUAGUUAUUAGCUAUUUGUAAUUGUAUUUGUAUUUUGUUAUCUACUAAAAACUAAAAAAAAUGGGAAUUCAAUCUAUUUCUGGGGGUAUUUCAAAAAUUAAGGCUUACUUGGCUAUUAUUUCCCUGCAAUUUGGUUACUCUGGGAUGUACAUAGUAACCGCACUUUGCUUGAAACGUGGGAUGAACCAUUACAUCCUUUCUGUUUAUCGUCAUGUCUUUGCCACCCUUGCUAUCGCCCCUUUCGCCCUUAUAUUUGACAGAAAAACAAGGCCCAAGAUGACUCUAUCAAUCUUUCUCAAGAUAAUGGUGCUUGCUUUUCUUGAGCCUGUACUGGAUCAAAAUUUAUACUACGUCGGAUUGAAGUUAACGUCAGCAACACUUACUUCUGCAAGUGUCAAUAUUCUUCCAGCUAUUACCUUCAUUAUGGCAACAAUUUUCAGACUAGAGAAAGUGGACAUAAGGAAGCUUCCAAGCCAAGCAAAGAUAAUAGGAACAAUAGUGACGGUGGGAGGAGCAAUGAUUAUGACACUUUACAGAGGCCCAAUCGUCAAUGUUUUCGGAGGACAUGGAAUUGAUCCACAUAGCUCAAGCACUACUACUGCUGCUGCUACUUCUACUCAGCAUUGGAUUAUUGGCACCCUUUGCGUUCUCGGCAGUUGCUUGGGCUGGGCUGGUUUCUUCAUCCUCCAAUCAUUUACAUUGAAGGAGUACCCAUCAGAACUAUCACUAACAGCAUGGAUAUGCUUCAUGGGAUCAUUAGAAGGUGCAGUUGUUUCACUUGCUUUGGUACGAGACAUGAAAGCCUGGGCACUUGGCUGGGACUCCAGACUUCUUGCCUCUGUUUACACGGGAGUGAUUUGCUCGGGAAUUGCGUAUUAUGUACAAGGAGUAGUAAACAGGGAAAGAGGACCUGUUUUUGUGACAGUUUUCAGCCCUCUUUGCAUGAUCAUUACUGCUGCUUUAGGAUCCAUCAUCUUGCAUGAGAUUCUUCACUUGGGAAGCAUAAUCGGAGCAUUGGUGAUAGUGAUAGGGCUAUACACAGUUGUAUGGGGAAAAAGCAAGGAUCAUCACCAACCAUCAAUGGAGAAAGGUGGGAAAGAAUUGCCCAUGGCCAUGCCUAUCACAGAUCAUAAUGAGCAUCAAAGUAAUAUCACAUUGACCAAGAUUUCCUCUGGACAAGAAGCUGCUACAUAACACAUUAAUUAUAUCAUAUCCUAAAAAGUAACUAAAAAAGAACUUCAUGUACUUUUGUUUUGUUUUGUCAAAAUGUGGAAUUUGGGAUGAUGAAGGGGCCUAUAAUGGUCUUUUAAAAGAAUAUAUAUAAUUAAUUAGCUAAUUUACAAUGUACUUGAUCCCAUUAUUCCCUACUUAAUUUUAUUUCAUUUUCCCAAAUAUCAUGUACUUGAAAUUCCUUGCUUCUAAUUUGUAAACUUCAUCUCUCUUCUUUUUGCUAAUGUAAAAUUUGAACUUGAUCAACUUUAUUAUAUCUCUUUUUUUCAA